AGAUCACUGCUCGCCCUUCAACUCCCCCAUGCAGCCAUGUUUGGUUCGCAUCUGCAGUUUUUACUUCUCGAUCUCGCACGGUUAGUUGCAUUUCGGACUACGAGUGCUGUGGAUGAGGGUCGUGUUCGCGGUAGUACACGCCUUGUCCCAUUCGACGGCCGCAUCGAUCCCGCCUCGUCCCCUCCCUCUCGUCUCAUGCGCGUCCGCCAUGUGUUGCGGUGUAGCUUGCUUAGCUUUUCUUGCCAACUUGGGCUUGCCUGGGCCGGCUGGGCACCACCACUGUUUAAGCCCUGAAGGGGGGAGAUAAGGGUGAGAUUUGCGAUCUCUCUCUCUCUCAUAUAGAUGCAUGUAAUUUUGAUUUGACGCAAAGAUCAGUACCUGGGUCGGUCGGUCUUUUGGACCGGUAAAGAAGACUGCCUGCGGAUGUUCUUGUUUCCAAAAAUGCGCUCUACACCUGUUGCUCCCGAACUGGGCGUCCUCCUUUUCUUUCUCCCCCUUUCUUGUUUGCGUCUUUUUGGGCUGACGCUGUCCCUUUUCGAACCUCGAGUGCCCAAACAAAUCUCUCCCUCGCUCCCCCCCUCUCUCUCAUCACGCUACUCCCUCGCUCGCAUCCGUUUCCAUUUCUUUACUUUAAUGGCGAUGAGAGAGAGAGUGAGAUCAGACAUCAGACAGAGGAGAGAGAGACCGAGAUGGAGUGAGAUCAGAGAGGCCCAUGCUUCUUCGCUUUGUCCGCUAAUGGCCGCUCUCACCUCCUCAGCAUCGUCUCCCCCUUUUUAUUUCGAACCCGUGCCCACUCGCACGCUUCCUUCCGUUUUCCCUCUCUUAUUCAAAACCCGGCUCCUCCAACUGCCGUCACCUCGCCUCACUCGUGUGUCUUCUCACUCCACCAGCGACCGCCCGACCUCCAGGUCCGGCGAUGGGCAAGGCGGCGCGGUGGUUCCGCAGCUUCCUGGGCAAGAAGGACCAGGCCAAAGACCAGAGGCGCCAGCGGGAGAACCACCAGCCGCUGCCCCCGCAGGCCAGCGCCAAGCGCUGGAGCUUCGGCAAGUCCUCCCGGGACACGGCGGAGGCCGCUGCCGCCGCCGCUGCCGCCUCCCAGGCGCCCGUUGCGGCCGGCAACGCGGCGAUCGCGCGCGCGGCUGAGGCCGCGUGGCUCAGGUCCGCGGCCUACGCCGAGACGGACCGGGAGCGCGAGCAGAGCAAGCACGCCAUCGCCGUGGCCGCGGCCACCGCGGCGGCGGCGGACGCGGCGGUCGCCGCGGCCCAGGCGGCCGUCGCCGUCGUGCGGCUCACCAGCAAGGGACGCGCCGCGCCCGUCCUCGCCACCGCCGGCGGGCGCGCCGCCGCCGCCGUCAGGAUCCAGACGGCGUUCCGGGGAUUCCUGGCGAAGAAGGCGUUGCGCGCGCUCAAGGCGCUGGUGAAGCUGCAGGCGCUGGUGCGCGGCUACCUCGUGCGCCGGCAGGCGGCCGCCACGCUCCAGAGCAUGCAGGCCCUCGUCCGCGCGCAGGCCGCCGUGCGCGCGCGCCGCGCCGGCGUCCCCGUCCUCCCGCAGCUCCACCACCCGCCCGUCCGGCCGCGCUACUCGCUGCAAGAGCGGUACGCGGACGACACGCGGAGCGAGCACGGCGCGGCGGCGUACGGCAGCCGGCGGCUGUCGGCGAGCAUCGAGUCCUCGUCGUACGGGUACGACAGGAGCCCCAAGAUCGUGGAGGUGGACCCGGGCCGGCCCAAGUCGCGGUCGUCCUCGCGCCGGGCGAGCUCCCCGCUGCUCGACGCCGGCAGCAGCGGCGGCGAGGAGUGGGGCGCCAACUCCGCGUGCUCGCCGCUGCCGUGCUACCUGUCCGCCGGGCCGCCGCGCAUCACCGUGCCGACCUCGCGCCAGUUCCCGGACUACGACUGGUGCGCGCUGGAGAAGGCCCGGCCGGCGACGGCACAGAGCACGCCGCGGUACCUGCACGUGCACGCGCCGGGCACCCCGACCAAGUCCGUGGCGGGCUACUCCCCGUCGCUCCACGGCUGCCCGAACUACAUGUCAAGCACGCAGGCGUCGGAGGCCAAGGUGCGGUCGCAGAGCGCGCCGAAGCAGCGGCCGGAGCUCGCCUGCGGCAAUGGCGGCGGCGCGCGGAAGCGGGUGCCGCUGAGCGAGGUGGUGGUGGUGGAGUCGUCCCGCGCGAGCCUGAGCGGCGUCGUGGGAAUGCAGCGCGGGUGCGGCGCCAGGGCGCAGGACGCGUUCAGCUUCAAGACGGCCGUCGUCGGCCGCAUCGACCGCACGCUGGAGGUGGCCGGCGUCGAGAACGACCGGCUGGCGUUCCUGCAGAGGAGGUGGUGAUGAGGCCAGCAGGCUCUGCAUUGGGGAUGCCAGUGAAACGAGGGCUUUGGGGGGGGGGGGGGGGGGAGUAAUUAGCAAUAAGAAUGCGUUUUCCUGUGUGUUCUUGCGAGCUCUCGUCCUUUUCAUUCUUCUUGUUCUUGUGUGUUUGCAAUGUGAUCAAUCAUGCAGCUUUUGUGUUUCUUCUCUUCUCUUCUCUUUUUUUUUUCAUGUUCAUUUGUGGCAAACAAGUGUAUGAGGAAAAAUUGAUUCAUACUGCACUUGGCAUGUAAAUUCUUGGUCCUAUUUAUCCACGAUCUUCUUGGAUUGUGUUCUUAA